AUGCGGUACAGUCAGCUGCGGUACAGUCAGCUGCGGUACAGUCAGCUGCGGUACAGUCAGCUGCGGUACAGUCAGCUGCGGUACAGUCAGAUGCGGUACAGUCAGAUGCGGUACAGUCAGAUGCGGUACAGUCAGAUGCGGUACAGUCAGAUGCGGUACAGUCAGAUGCGGUACAGUCAGAUGCGGUACAGUCAGAUGCGGUACAGUCAGAUGCGGUACAGUCAGAUGCGGUACAGUCAGAUGCGGUACAGUCAACUGCGGUACAGUCAGAUGCGGUACAGUCAGAUGCGGUACAGUCAGAUGCGGUACAGUCAGAUGCGGUACAGUCACGCACGUAGAGGCAGAUGCAGACAGGAACAGAUGCAGACAGGUACAGAUUGGGCAAGACAUAGGCUUUAA